UAGGCCGGGUGGAGAGGCGGCCGGUGUGGGUGUCCUCGGCGGUUGGUCAGUGUGUGGCUGUGACAGCUGUAGUUGCUCCCCGCCCCCGAGGAGCCGAGGUGCGUGGGGGGAGGGGAAGAAGGAAAAGGCCCAGGUCGCGUUUCCGCUCACUUCUUGCCCGGGCUGAGGCGACGCCGGAGAGCAGAGGCAAGCAUAAUCCUCGACGUGAGAGCUGCCGGCUUCCCCGCAGACAGCUUACUUUUAGUUUAAUUUGCUUGUUUUCGACACCCGGGAGAAGAUGGCGGAGUAGAAGGACGCUCGCAGGUCACGCUCUCCCACAAAUACACCAAGACCCACAUCUACAGACCCACUCAGCCAACCAGAGCACCUGUGGAACUCCGACAGAACAUCGCCCUCUUCAAAAGAUAAAGACGCCAAAAAUCUGGAGUCUACCAUGGCUCAAGAAUCUCCAAAAAAUUCAGCAGCAGAAAUUCCAGUGACUAGCAAUGGAGAAGUUGAUGACUCUCAUGAACAUGGCUUUAAUAGGGAUUUGAAGUGCUCAUUACCAGCUGGACUUGGUCUCUCAGAAACCCAGAUCACAUCUCACGGCUUUGACAGUACCAAAGAGGGAGUUAUUGAAGCAGGAGCAUUUCAAGGUUCCCCAGCACCACCAUUGCCAUCUGUUAUGUCUCCUAGCAGGGUGGCAGCUAGUCGACUGGCUCAACAAGGAAGUGAUUUAAUUGUUCCUGCAGGUGGCCAGAGAACACAGACAAAAAGUGGGCCAGUUAUUCUAGCAGAUGAAACUAAAAAUCCUGCAAUGGAAAAGUUAGAGCUUGUUAGAAAGUGGAGUCUAAACACCUACAAGUGCACUCGGCAGAUUAUCUCUGAGAAGCUAGGCCGUGGAUCAAGAACUGUGGACCUUGAACUUGAAGCUCAGAUUGAUAUAUUAAGAGAUAACAAGAAGAAAUAUGAAAAUAUUCUAAAACUGGCUCAGACAUUGUCAACCCAGCUUUUCCAGAUGGUGCAUACCCAAAGGCAACUCGGAGAUGCAUUUGCUGACCUGAGUUUGAAGUCACUAGAACUCCAUGAAGAAUUUGGCUAUAACGCAGAUACCCAGAAGCUUCUGGCUAAAAAUGGAGAGACUCUUCUAGGAGCCAUUAAUUUUUUCAUCGCCAGUGUGAACACUUUGGUGAAUAAAACAAUAGAAGAUACUUUAAUGACUGUGAAACAGUAUGAAAGUGCCAGAAUUGAAUAUGAUGCAUAUCGCACCGAUUUGGAAGAGCUGAAUCUUGGACCACGUGAUGCAAACACUCUGCCAAAGAUAGAGCAAUCACAACAUCUGUUCCAAGCACAUAAGGAAAAAUACGAUAAAAUGCGCAAUGAUGUUUCUGUCAAGUUGAAAUUUCUAGAAGAAAAUAAGGUUAAAGUAUUGCACAAUCAGCUGGUCCUUUUCCACAAUGCCAUUGCCGCCUACUUUGCUGGGAAUCAGAAGCAGCUUGAACAGACACUUAAACAGUUCCAUAUCAAAUUGAAAACCCCUGGAGUGGAUGCCCCAUCUUGGCUUGAAGAACAGUAAAAUCACACCUGGGGGAACAAAGAAAGUCAGAUUGUUAUAUUUCCAGAUAAACCUAGUAAGAAUUAAGCAGAAGCGGGGGAAGAGGAAAAGGGUGACAACCAUUGUAGUGAUUCUUGCACAAACAGCUUUAAUUUUUCCCUUUUCAUACUUUAACAAUUGAACUGUUAAAUUUGAUGGGAAUGUGGGUAGUUUUAAUGUAAACAUAAUUUCUAUAAUCUGAACACAGUAAUUUUCCUUUUUGAGAUAUCUUUUUGUAUUGUGAGGGUUGAUGGCUAUUUCUGUAGUUUGAAAACACCUAAUAUAGAUUUGCACUGACAAGACAAAAAUUCAAGGUUUUUGGUCCUGCAACCGAGGACCUGUUGUAACUUUUCCAAAGGGAGGUUUACACGAUUUGUAUCAACAUCAGAUAUUUUAUAUAUGAAUAUAUUAAACAUCUUUAAGAGAUUCAUUUUCAUGUAUUAUCUUAAAGAAAAAAGAAACUAUUUUGCAGAGUAAAAUUAUAUGGUGUUCCUGCAACAUCCGCACAGAGGCGGCAGCUCUAAUGAAUGACUGACUGGCUUGUGGAGUUGUGGCAAAUACCUUUUUAAAAGUGAAUCUGUACCAUUGUAAUUUUGCUGAGACUUUUCCUUAAAGACGCAGGAAUCACACUGUCAUUUCUGAGGCUCCUGAGCUUAUGAAUUUGCGUCACCCAGAGUCAUGGAAUGGUUAUGUUAGCAAUUUCUUUUGAUUCAUAAUGAAACGUGCUUAAAGAAUUUUUUUUUGACAGGUAGACUUGAGAAUAGAAAUUCCUGAUGGUUUCUAGAGUAGAAAUCUGUGCUUAGAAAGCUAGUUUUUUGGGUAAAUUCCAUUUUGACAGAAGUGAAUUCCUAGAUAGCUUUCAUUGACUUCCAUAUGUAACAAUACCGGUUAAGCCUUAAAUCACAGAUAUGUGCCUUCUCAGAUGCAGUAAUUCUCAUUCAACCAGUGUACAUAAGUCCAUAAAGAAAGCCCCUUUCAGAUAAUGUUCGAUGCGUCUGUUCCUUCCUUGGAAAGGAGCACUGUGCAUAAGUGUUGAGUUUCUUUGUAUUUGUUAAACCACAUUGAAGGUUUAUGGAGAAAUCAACUUUUGAAUUUGCUGUUUGUUUUUUCUUCAUUCCUUUUGCGGAGUGAGGACUCCUGUUCGUCUGAGUAAAGGAAAGGUGACGUGGGUCCGUGUGGUGGUAGCAAGAAGGAAGGGGCUGGGGAAGCCAAUACUGUUUCAGUUGCUCAGCACCAUUGGUUUUGUGUUCUGUGGUUGGCCUGUCUGCUGUGAGGUUUUAUCACUAAUGUAAUCCUUUUAAAAUAUAAGUUCUCUUGAUUUUUGUCAUAGACAUAAAUUAAUAUUUUGAGAGGUAUCGCUUCACCUGUUCAUUUCUUUUGUGUUGAAAUGAAGUACUUAAAAUUACUGUUAAUACAUGAACUUUGUGGACUGUAAGAUUUGUUAUAUAUGUUCAAAUGCCAUUUAGCUGGCUUUUUAAUUAAUAUGCCUGUUUUCAGUGCUUAAUACAAUGUAUGUGACUGUAAAUCAUAAAGCUAUUUUAAAUCAUUCCCUCCUGUAUAUUUGUACUCUGAGAGAGCCUUAUUUUAUUCUUCCAGCAGAAUUACUACUUGUGAUAGUUCAUUUACAUUCCCCAGAAUGUGCCUCUGGUGUGAAUUUUGUAUUCUUAUUAAAAGUGUUUGCUGCAGUA